AUGCCGCGCCCAGCUCCCAAAAGAAACAGAUCGACCAAGGCCCCUCAGCCUGCCGCUGAGCCCAAAUCGCGCGAUGACAAGGAAUCCCACCCCGAAUCGCCAGAACACAGAUUUACGUUAGAUUCUCGACAGACUCUCCGCAGCCAAACACCCCUGGCUACAAACCAUGAGCAAGCCAUUGAAUCUUCUCCAGGUGUGCCUGGAACAGGCAGUCGCCCCGGUACGGACAGUCGACCCCCGACUAGGUCUCGAGGCUACUCAUCUACAUUGUCGUUUGCGGGCAGGAAGGGCGAUAUGAACUCGCGUAUCCCAGGUACCCCCGGCUUUGAAAGCUCAGUCUUAAGUAACUUUCGUCGCCGCCCCCGACAACAGAGCAUUUUACAGAUGAUGCAGGCUGAAGAUGGUUCGUCCGACCUCGAUGACGAAGAUUUCCUGGGAGGAUUGAGCCCUCAGGAUGAAUCUACACCUUUGAAUCUGCCACGGGGAAAGUCAUUACUGGUAAAUCCGGGUGAAAAAUCUCCAUCACUAUCACCAUCGCCAUCGCUAUCCUCAUCAUCACCGGGCGGAUCCCGCAAGCGCAAGCGCGAGGAAAUACAAGUACCUCAAUCGUCAAUCGAAGAGGCUCCGGGAUUUGUCCAGGAUUCCCCCAGCAUUACACCUGCUCGUCGCGAAAUUUCAUCUCACGAACCAGAAGAAGAGACACCACGGCCUAUACCGUUCCCAGAGAUAUUCAGUCAGACCAUGGCGCUGCCCGCCAGUAGUCCACCCCCUCCCGAGAGUACUCAAGUUUCCAUCCCAGCAGUACCCUCGCCAGCCGUUCCCAAUCGGGCUUCGAAAAACACAAAGCCUAAAGAUCAGGCUCAGUUGGCUACAGCAGCACUGCGUGAUAGGCUGCUUCCCCGUAGACGGCAACCUCGCCGUAGACGUCAAGCUGCAGGCAACGCUGAUCUGCUAAGUGACGAGAGCGACGAUGGAAUGCAUGCUGCGGCCUCGGGCGAUGAAGAUGAACUCAGCUAUUUGCCGUCAAAAAGAUCACAACGUGCUCCUUCGAGUAAAGCCAAUGCUAUGGGCAGCAAGCAAAACCAGUCCAAUCCAAUCCAAAAGAGAACCAAGUCCAAAUCGGCUCCUGCACCCAAGGCACCCAGGGGUCAGAAACCAGUCGGUGGAGAUGUCGAUAAGGAGAAUGAAUUACUCCUCUCAUCGCCAUCAUCAUCACCAUUGUCCUCCCCACCCGACUCUGAUGCAAGCGAAUCCGAGACCGAGACGGUAUCCGACCGGCGUUACAUGAGUGCCGAGUUGCGCGAUGCCGCUAAGAAGUUUGCAGAGAUUGACCAAUGGCAAAUGGAAUUCGAGGAAAUAUCCGCAUCUGAGUCGCACGGGAGUCCAGCUCGGUGA